UUCCUCAUUCACAGAGUGAAACGAUGCGUUUAAAAGCGCGCGGAGAAGAGGAGAUGGGCAAUGGCGGUGUUGUGUUUCUGGUCUUUUUCCCCAAAUCGUUUUAGGUUUUCCAGAGUUUCUUAUCUACCGUCACAUUCCUCCAUUUUCCAUUUCGGUAUCUAGCGAAAUCAGAUCAGUAUCGUCCACCUCUCGAGAUUUGUGAUAUUACAAUACCAGAUAUUUCAUUUCAACCACUCAAGCAACUAUAAUGGGCAUAAUUAGGAGUAGCUUCCUUUUCAUUGCUGGGACGACGGUUGGGAUUUACUUGGUUCAGAAUUAUCAAAUUCCUAAUUUGAGGAAGCUAGCAGACACUGCCUUGGUACAUGCAAAGCAAGUUGAGGAGAAAUAUCGAAAGUCUAAGAAGAAGAAGGAUGACGAUGAUAUGAUUAACCAUAAAUAGAAUCAUCACCUCCCCAGUCUGGAAUUAGGUUCUGAUUUAGUAUCUUUUGAAUAUUU